AAAUCCCUAGCUUCUCCAUGGAUCAAAGGAGGCCUGGCACUCUUCUUGCCCUUCCUCCUAGCUGCUGCUCCACCUCCGGCCGCCGCCAAGGCCAGGCCGGCGUGGCGGCGCGUCAUCAAGCUCACUGCUGCCCCGAUCUCCAAGCUGCUGCUCCACCUCCAUUUCGUUGGGCAGCGGGCUGUGCACUUCUCCUCCGACUUGCAGCAGCGAACAACGCCCCCGACGAGCACGAAGACCACCUGCAACUUCUUCCUCUUCUCCAACUCCUACCGCCCCUUCACCCUGGGUUAAAUCCCCAUCUAAAUCUCUCCCUUUCCCCCUGUAGUUUGCUGUUUCUAAAUGCUGAAUUGAGAAUUUGUGUUGAGCUCGUUUCUGCAUGCCAGGUCUAUGAUGUAAUGCUCGUAUGAACUUAUAACAAAUUUCACUCUAUCCCUGUCUUCUUCUCUGCUAAUCUUAUCUAAUUCUUGCAUUGAGAUGGAUUUGUGUGAGCUAUUGUAUCAUCUCCUGUAAUAAUUUGGUACUUGUGAGUGUGAUUCAAUUUUCUGUGAUAAUAUACAUGUUUGUGCCCAGUUAUGUGAUUCUCUCCCUUUCCCAAACAACUUGCUUAUAUCCCUUCCUUAAAUGUUUGCUUGUGAUUAAGUAUUGUGCCUAGUAGUUAAUUUAUGUCCAUUGUUGCUUGAUUAAAUAAAAUCGCAAAAAUAUUGUUCUUUGCUCCAUUGUUUCCUUUCUUUUCGGUUAGCAUAUAAUCUCCCUGUGAUUGAUUCACCUAGCGUUAGUCCUAGCUUGAUUGUUGAUCGCCUAGUCCCUGUGGAGAACACGACAACCCGCAGUUUGGGCGACAUACCCACUAUUGUUUUACACUCGAUCAAAUUGGCGUCGUUGCCGUGGACUAGCAUCGAACGAUUGAAUUAGACUAGAGACUGGAUCUUUGUUUUCUUUUGUGCAUAUUGCUUAAUAUAAACCUUGUUCUAGUUAUUUUCUGCAUUUCUUUUUUGCUUCUUUUGUGCAAAUUAUAGUGCUACUUUCACUUUGAGGUAUGGCUUAUUAUUCAGAUUGCAAUGGACAAAUGAACAACCAUAGUAGUGUUAAUGAGUAUAAUUUUCAAAAUGCGCCAAGUUCUUCCAAUUCUUAUUCUAGUGGUCAUUCCUUUGGUGUUCCUACAUGUCAUAUUUGUGGUAUUCAAGGCCAUAUACCUAUGGAUUGUCAAAAAGGGCUUUAUUCUUUCACUAGAUGGGCUGAAAAACCAAAUAUGACAUGUAGGGACAGCAGCCCUGUUAUCUCAUCAUUUUCUUCUAGUUAUCCAAUGCAGGGAAUUGGGAAUGAAUUGGGCAUCAAUUACCAGCCAAAAAUGGAAUAUUCACUUUCAGCUUUUGAAGCUUAUGAACAAGAGAUCUUUCAAAGAUAUAAAGCCUGUGAUUCGGCCAAAGUCAAGGCUGAACGGCAAGCUUGGUUUGAAGAUUACAUGAAGAUGCGCCAAGAGCAAGAGAAGAUGAACCAUCCACAACCGGCUGAACCUGAGCUUGUGCACCAACCUCAAGAAAUUGAUCCAGUGGAGUUAAAUGAUCAUCCACUUGGUCAGCCUGCAGCUCCUGUACUUGAUGAAGAUGAAGCAAAUUCUGAUGUCAAGGAUGAAGAUAUUACUGCUGAUCAAUCUCAUGCCCUUAUUGACAUCAUUCCUCAGGAGAUUGCUACUACCUUGCAUUCCACUACACCACCAAUUGAGGUAGAGUUGAGGUAUACUUUUCCUAUACUUGAGAAGUUACACAUUGAUGAUACUCUUGCUCAUGAUAUUAUGCCUAAAAUAUGCCACUCCAACCAUGUUCUUUAUUGCUAUUCAUCCAUCAUUGGAGACUCUAUUGAUGAUUCAGAAGGCAUUGAUCCUAUAAUUUCCUCUAGUUCUUCACAUGCUAGAAUAAUUUUGCCUGAUACUUGUCCUGUUAAUGCUCAAUUCUCUCUUGUAAAAACUUGCAAUUACCAUAAUGUGCUCUACAACUAUAAUUACAUGAUUGGUUACGCCAUUGAUGAUCUUGAGGGUCUAUACCCUAUCACUUGCAGUUGUUGUUUCUUUGAGUGUACUUUCAGGUUGCUGCAUGUGCAAUGUCAACUACAACAACACCACAUUCGAGUUGAUAUUCCAUGGGAUCCUAGUGGAUCCAUGGCAUGGUGAUGAAGUGGGAAUAAGCUGAAGGACAGGAGAUGAAGAUGGAGUUGGGAGAUGAGUAUGAGGUUGCAUUCGCUACUUAUUGCCCGAUCAAUGCGUUAAGGCACAAAAUUCUUUAAUUUGGGCAUGCUGCAAAUGAAGCUAUAUACUUGAGGACCUGAGCGUUAAGAAAAGAAGAAGGCGAGGGCUUUUGUGAAGAUGAAAAGGAUCAACUUGUGGUAGAGGAAGAAAAGAAGAAGGGCCGGAAUGCAAAAUAGCCAUGGGGGUUAAAUCCCUAGCUUCUCCAUGGAUCGAAGGAGGCCUGGCACUCUUCUUCCCCUUCCUCCUAGCUGCUGCUCCACCUCUGGCCACCGCCGCGGCCAGGCCGGCGUGGCGGCACGAACUCAAGCUCACUGCUGCCCCGAUCUCCUAGCUGCUGCUCGGUGUGGCGGCGCGCCAUCAAGCUCACUGCUGCCCCGAUCUACUGCUGCCGCUCCUCCUCCACUUCCUUGGGCAGCGGGUUGUGCACUUCUCCGACAACCUGCAGCAGCGAACAACGCCCCCGACGAGCACGAAGACCUCCUGCAACUUCUUCCUCUUCUCCAACUCCUACCGCUCCUUCACCCUGGGUUAAAUCCCCAUCUAAAUCUCUCCCUUUCCCCCUGUAGUUUGCUAUUUCUAAGUGUUGAAUUGAGAAUUUGUGUUGAGCUCGUUUCUGCAUGCCAGGUGUAUGAUGUAACGCUCUAUGAACUUGCAACAAAUUUCACUCUAUCGCUGUCUUCUUCUCUGCUAAUCUUAUCUAAUUCUUGCAUUGACAUGGAUUUGUGUGAGCUCUUGCAUCAUCUCCUGUAAUAAUUUGGUACUUGUGAGUGUGAUUUAAUUUUCUGUGAUAAUAUACAUGUUUGUGCCCUGUUA